AUGGCUGAAGAAGAACAUCAAGAAAUGGGCAUUGAUAAUGUGGAUGAAAUUGAAGGAAAAAAAAUUGAUAUAAUACAUGAUACAAUUCCUAGUCAAUUUAUUCCAAAAGUUGGGAUGGAGUUUGAGACUGAAGAUGCAGCAUAUAAUUUUUACAAUGAUUAUGCUUAUAGAGUAGGUUUCAGUGUGAGGAUUAGCAAAGGGCAUAAAGAUAAAUAUGGGAAGAUAGUCAAUAGAGUAUUUUGUUGUUCAUGCGAAGGAUAUCGUGGGAAAGAUAAGCGAGAAGAUAAUGUCAAAAAUCCUCGACCACAAUCAAGAUUUGGUUGUUUGGCAAAGAUGAAAGUUAAUAGUCGUUUAACAGGAAAGUAUCGUGUAACUGAAUUUAUUGCUGAGCAUGCACAUGAGACUACAACUCCUAGUAAGAGUCAUUUGCUUAGAUCUCAAAGGAAAAUGACUAUUCCUCAAGUAGCCGAGGUUCAUUUAGCUGAUGAUUCUGGAAUCACUCCAAAAGCAAGUUGUGAGUUAUUGGCUAGGCGAGCUGGUGGUCGUGAAAAUCUUGGAUUCAUUCCCGAAGACUAUAGAAAUUAUUUACGUUCCAAGAGAACAAUGCAAAUGAAGUCAGGAGAUACAGGUGGUGUGCUAGAGUACUUGCAAAAAAUGCAAUUAGAAGAUUCUAAUUUCUUUUAUGCAAUACAAGUCGAUGAGGAUGACUUAAUUACUAAUAUCUUUUGGGCUGAUGUGAAGAUGAUGAUUGAUUAUUCAUAUUUUGGUGACGUUGUUUGUUUUGAUACUACUUAUAGAAAAAAUAAAGAAGGUCGUCCAUUUGCAAUGUUUGUUGGAGUCAAUCAUCAUAAACUUACCAUUAUUUUUGGAGCAGCAUUAUUAUAUGAUGAAACGACUGAAAGUUUUAUUUGGUUGUUCAAUACUUUUGCUAAAGCUAUGUCAGAAAAGAAACCAAAGACUAUUCUUACUGACCAAGAUGCAGCAAUGGCAAAGGCAUUAGCUUUGGUAUGGCCAGAAACAUGCCACCGCCUUUGUAUUUGGCAUUUGUAUCAAAAUGCAUUAAAGAAAUUGAGUAUAGUGUUUGGGAAGUUUCAAGACUUCAGUAAGGAUUUUAAUAAAUGCAUCUAUGAAUAUGAAGAGGAAAAAGUGAUGUAG